UUUAUAUGGAUAUUUUUCUCCUCCUGGGGGGUAAUUGCGGGCAGUUUGAGGACUCUACCUCAUGUGAUGAAGUACCAAACAGUGAUACCUCAGAAGCUGAAGGACUCCACUCGCAUUACUAAUGCUGCUACAUAUCAGACAUACCCCGAUGUACUCCAGUACUCUUUGACGAUCGUAGGACAAAACCACACACUGCACCUGGAAAGAAACAAGGAUCUUAUUGGGAAAAACUUUGCUGUGACACACUACUCAGAGCAGGGCGCCCAAAUCACAACAAUUCCAGAUCUUCAGGGUCACUGCUACUACCAUGGACACAUUGUGGGAGUGGAGGACUCCUCCGUCAGUGUGGAACUCUGCUCAGGGAUAAAGGGGUUUGUGCGCCUCCAGGACCAAACGUACCUCAUCGAACCUCUGAAUGGGACAGGAGCUGUACAGCAGACCCACAAAAGGAGCUCUGGAGCUCAAAGUGAGGAGGGUCUACAUGCUGUUUACAAUUACAAACACCUGAGGAGGAAGAGGAGCUCCUGUUCCCAUGGAAACACAACCACUUUCUACGACCAUGGAGCUCGUCCCUCUGGACUGUUCCAGCUCAGCAGUCUGAAAAGCAGAGCCCAGACCAAAGACCACAAAAGAAAAUCCAGGACAGUGGAACUGGUCGUAGUGGUUGACAACACAGAGUAUAAGAAGUUUCACUUCAAGGAGACAAUAGAGAGCAGAGUGCUUGAAGUAGCAAACCAUGUUGACAAGCUGUAUCGCCCCAUGGGUGUUCGUGUGAUGCUGGUUGGUCUGGAUAUCUGGUCAUACAAAGAUCAGAUUCAGGUCAGCAGUGAUCCUGAGGUAACCCUCAACAACUUCCUGGUGUGGCGUCAGAAGACGUUGCUACCGAGGACCAAACACGACAAUGCACAGUUCAUAACAGGUGUAAAUUUUGAUGGCCCCACUGUCGGCCUAGCAAACACAAAGGCAAUGUGCACCUCUAGCUCUGGAGCGGUCAAUGAGGAUCAUAACAAUAAUGCAAUAGGAGUGGCAUCUACUAUAGCCCACGAGAUGGGUCAUAACCUUGGCUUGUCCCAUGAUACCGAAAAUUGUGUCUGUGGCUUGUCAAAAUCGAAGAAAGGCUGCAUCAUGGCUGAGAGUGUUGGAAUUGUGUUUCCGGAGCAGUUCAGCAGCUGUAGUCAGGAGCAGCUCAGCAGAUUCCUGGAGGAGGUCAACCCUGCCUGUCUGCUGGAUACGCCCUCCACUAAUCGCAUCCACGGAGGGCCAGUGUGUGGAAAUGCCUUCCUGGAGCCUGGAGAAGAUUGUGACUGUGGCACUGUGGAGGAAUGCAAGAAUCCCUGCUGCAACGCAACUACCUGCAAACUUAAUACAGGAGCUCAGUGCGCAGAGGGCGAAUGCUGCCACAACUGCCAACUGAAACUGACAGGCAGCAUCUGCAGACCAGAGGCAGGAGACUGUGACCUGGCAGAAUACUGCACCGGACUCUCCGCCUCCUGUCCUACUGAUUCCUAUACCCAAAAUGGCCUGCCCUGCAACCAUGGGAAAGGAUACUGCUACAAUGGAGAGUGUCCGUCACGGCAGCAACACUGCAAGAGACUUUGGGGACCAGAUGCUAAAGUUGCUACAGAUACCUGUUUCUACCAAUACGGAGGCUGCAAAAAGACCCUGUUUCAGCGAAGAUGUUCAUUCCAAGAUCAAUUAUGCGGGACGCUUUACUGCUCUGGAGGCUGGGAGUUCCCUGUGACAUCCAGUAAAUCCUUCUACAGAUUAGGAAAUGAAAUCUGCAAUGAAGCAACGAUGAAGCCUGAAGACAACUACCCUGCAGACUUUGGCAAGGUGCCUACCGGUACAUUGUGUGGCAAUAACAUGGUAUGCUACAAUCAACGGUGUGAGGAAAUUAAGAACAUAAAAGACUAUGGAACGAAUGACUGCUCUGCCAAAUGCAACAACCGUGGGGUUUGUAACCAUAAGAGUGAGUGUCACUGUGAGCCGGGCUGGGCACCGCCUUUCUGUGAUGUGAAGCAGUCAGAGCUAUCUGAAGGAGCAGGUCCAGUGUUUAUUGUGUCAUUGGCUGUCAGCUUACUCCUGCUGUCGGUGGUUAUUAUUGGAAGUUUAAUGUGCUGCAUCAGAAAAAAACAACCUGCAAAGAGAUGCUCUCAAUCUACCUCAGGACAGUCCAACCCAUUGUUUCAGUCAGGCAAUGCACGAGGCAGCCCUCGUCUUGGAUCCAAAACUAUCAGCCGGCCUAUAUUUGUGGAGUCUUCAGCCACUCAGGCCUAUAAACCUGUGUCCUCUUCUGCUGUCAGACCAUCUACCGGAGGAUUCAAGCCCAGCAGAACAGCCCCAGAGCCCCCCCAAAAGGUACCAACUGUAUCUCAGCCAUCAAAGAUCCAACAGGUUGUAAGGCCGCCAAUGCAACCACCAACUGUUCCAAGCAAGCCAGUUUACACUGAGGCGAAGUCACUACCUCCAUCCAGACCUCUACCACCACUUACAACCAAAUCAGUCAUGAAGCCAAAACCUCCGAUGCCUCCGGUGAAGCCGAAGCCCUCUACAGGCCAGUCUGCACUGCCGCACACUCAGCUGCUUGCAGGGAGAGCUGUCCUGAUGCCACCCAGCAGGCCCAGAUGACUGAGGGACUAAUUCAGCCUGGAGUAAACACUGAGAUCCUCUGACAGGGGACACUGUUUUUGUUGUCCCACCUAUGAAAUCCUCUCAGGAGACGUCCGUCUGUAUUAGAGGGGAACAAGAUCCACUGAAGGAUCAGCAACAAUAAUUGACAAAGCUUUUCUGUUAAUUGUGGCCUCCCCGAGGAUUACCGCCAUCUGUGUCUUGCUUUUGCAUGCCUUCAGGAAGUUUAUGAAAACCUGAAGUUGUGAUUGACAGAUUCAGCUUCUGUGCUUUAAAUGACAAAUGGCUAUGCUGCCAUGAUGAUGUGUUUUUAAGGGAAAUGUGUCUGCCUUGAACCUGGGAUAUGUGAACACUUUAUGGAGCAAUUGCACUAUUGAUGCUGUAACUGUUUUACUAACUGCUACCAUUCCCGCACAUGAUUUUUGGUACUGCUUUUCUAAGAGAUAAUGUAUUUGUUAAGAGAUUUUAAGAUGUGGCACUAACAUGGGCACUUUUUCAGAUUUUUUGUAUUAAGGACAUAAAACAAAACGAAUGGAUUUGCCUUGAACCUUUUUGUAGUAAAGUAUGCUUGACUUUGUGGGACUGUGUAUGAAAAUGUUUCUGCUGAUUUGUGUUGACUAAAUGCACAUUGAUUGUAAUUAUUCAAGGGAUUUUUAUAUAGCAUUUGUUAUACAGCAGAUAUGUCACUGCCCUUUCCUCAUAAUGCCAAUGAUUGUGUUUUUUCCUUACAAUGAGGACUUUGAACUGAAAAAUCAUUUGAAUAUUUAUUAAGAAUGUCUUUAUGUCUUUAUCUGUAUGAAAUUGUGCUUAAAAUAAAACCCAAACAUC